UCAAAAUUAUCUCCACUCUACGUGCCUCGCCACUCUACCUCACACAAGCUACUCUCAAUGCUUCAUUCCCUCUGAGAACCGCACACCGUUCUUCUUCUUCUUCUUCUCACAUCUCCAUUAUUCCUUCUUCUUCUUCUUCUUCGUCGCUCGAAUCUCUUCCAAGUUUUCAUCUCAAUAAUCGCAAUCUGAAUCAUUUCUUGGACAAGCUAGUGCUGAUUUUGAUUGAAAUCUGAAUCGCGCUCUAGUCAUCAGAUCUGGAGCCGGGGUUUAGUGUUGGGAGUUGUGGUGUUUGCUUUCGUCUUCUUAUUUGUCUCUGCAGACGAUGUUGUUGUGCCCACCGAAGAUAACUUUGAGAAGGAGGUUGGUCAGGACAGAGGAGCACUUGUUGAGUUCUACGCUCCUUGGUGUGCCUCUUUAGGUGAGAUUUUUGGAGGACUUGACAUUGCAAGGGAUUGCAAUGAUGCUGAAUUCCUCUUGCAAACUCUAGGAAGGUGUUGCUCCUGUGGUUAUUAUGCUACCGCACAGUGUGCUAGAAGUGGGAAGAGUACUGUUCCAGAUGUUCUUUCUACUAUUGAAGGGCCAUGGGCUAUCAUCUAUUGGCAAGUAACUCAAAGUGGAUAGCUCACAGACUCUCUGGUUUGGCCGAGAUGCAUUUGGUAGAAGGAGCCUCCUUGUUCACUGGUCUACACAAGAUGACUGCACCUUCCUGCUUUCUUCUGUCUCACCUUCCUCCUUGUUCACUGGCCUACACAAAAUUGGACAAUGACUGGAUUGGAGAUUAGCAGAUCAAGAAAUGGCACAGAGUUCAUCAACUUCGUCUUCAGAUGAUAAGGUGGUAGAAGUUGAUAGCACCCCUAACAGAAUUUCAGAGGAUACUGUUAAGUGCUUGUGUAGCAUAUUUUUAAGAAUCGGAACAUCCAAUGACUUUUUGAUGGAGCCGAGAACGCCGCCAUACUCUGACAGGGAAAGCAGCAAGGAAAAAGAUCAGUUGUGUGAUCCUUAUGGUAUCUGUUCGGAAUCCAAAACAACAGAUAUUGGUCCAUACAAAAAUUUUUGUGAGGUUAAAGGCUCUGUUGAUCUCAGCAGAACAACAAGUACCCAUAGAUUAAAGUCCCUGCUUGGGAAGUUUGUCUCUCUGAAUUUGAAGGGUCUUUCUCAUCAGGAAAAACUUGCAUUCUGGAUAAACAUUUAUAAUUCCUGCAUGCUCAAUGCAUAUUUAGAGCAUGAAAUACCUGAGAGUCCUGAAAUGGUUGUAGCACUAAUGCAGAAGGCAACAAUAACAGUGGGAGGCCAGUUACUCAAUGCAAUUACAAUAGAAUACUUCAUAUUGAGAUUGCCAUAUCACCUGAAGUUUACAUGCCCCAAAGCGGGAAAAAACGAUGAGGUAAAAGCAUGAAGCAUAUUCGGCCUGGAAUGGUGUGAGCCAUUAGUGACAUUUGCACUAUCCUGUGGAAGCUGGUCUUCACGUGCGAUCAAAUUGAUCUACUUAAUGUAAGCUUUGAUGGUCAGUUUGCUCCAAAUAGAAUAUCUGUCAAGGCUGGGUUAAAAGAACUGAAAAGAGUUGCACCUUCCAGAAGUAUUUAUGCAUUCUUGGAUUGGUGUGACACUCCUCAAAUCUAUUACAGGCACUAAUUGGAGAUGUUGGAAAAUGAAGGAGAUGAUGACAAACCUGAUUGUUAAUUAAAAAUUGGAAACUUUGCUUCAUUCUCUCUGCUGUAUUAUUGUAUUGCAUCUGUGCUAGGUUCUAUUUGUUUACUUUUGAUCAUUAACUAUGUGCUAAUCAUUGAUGUAACAUAGAAUUGUAGUAUUUGUAUUGUUUAAAUUUCUAUUAUGUUUUAUUACUUUUUAAGAGAAC